AUGACGAAGGGAGCGUCAUCAUUUGGAAGGUGUCCUAAUGAGAUGCACACAUUGUGCCACCACUGUGGCUCUGAGGCCUACCACCUUCAGAAGUCGAUGUGUGGCAAAUGUGGCGACCCUGCCAAGCACAAGAGAAAGUACAACUGGAGUGUAGAGGCUCAAAGGCAAAAUACCACCAGAACUGGGAGAAUGAGGUGCCUAAAAAUUGCAUCUCACAGAUGCAGACAUAGAUUCCGUGAAGGAACAGCACCUAAACCCAAGGGAGCAGCUGUUUCAGCAUCCACUUCAUCCUGA